UGUGUGUGUGUGUGUGUGUUCUAACGCGAGAACGUCGUUUCCAGUCGGAAUGAAAUAGCCGGCGCUCUUUCCGCCGUGUUGAGGAGCAGUAAGAAGAACUCAGCUGGGAGAAGAUGCAGAAUCCAAAUGAAGACACCGAGUGGAAUGACAUUCUCAGAAAGAAGGGAAUCCUUCCUCCAAAAGAAACCCCAAAGGAGGAUGAGGAAGAGGAGCAGGCGGUUCAGCAGCAGUCCAUUGUAAAAACCUACGAGGACAUGACCCUGGAGGAGCUGGAGGAAAAUGAGGAUGAGUUCAGUGAGGAGGAUGAGAUCGCCAUUGAGAUGUACAGGCAGAAGAGACUCGCUGAGUGGAAAGCGAAGCAGAUGAAGAACGUGUUCGGGGAAGUGAAGGAGAUUUCAGGUCAAGAUUACAUUCAGGAAGUGAACAAGGCUGGAGAAGGCAUCUGGGUGGUGCUGCAUCUCUACAAACAAGGAAUCCCCCUGUGCACGCUGAUCAAUCAGCACUUGUCCUCUCUGGCGCAGAAGUUUCCAGACACUAAGUUCCUGAAGUCGAUCUCCACCACAUGCAUCGCUAAUUAUCCCGACAGAAACCUGCCCACCAUCUUCGUUUAUCACCAAGGAGAGAUGAAGGCUCAGUUCAUCGGGCCGCUCGUGUUCGGAGGAAUGAACCUCGCGUGUGAUGAGUUGGAGUGGCGUUUGUCAGAAUCCGGUGCAGUGAAAACAGACCUGGAAGAAAAUCCCAGGAAACAGAUCCAGGACCAGCUGAUCUCCUCAGUCCGCUCCUCAGCUCCUGCCCACAAAUAUGGAGACGAAUCUGAUGAUGACUGAAGUUUUCUGUCGUUAGGGGUUUUUUUUAAAUGUUUGUAAGGACUUUAUGAUUUCAGGUUUGGACGAAUCUGCAUUCCAGUAACAUUUUCUAAUGCACCACGCCCACUUCCUGUUCAAAACUCCGACUGCGUGUUAACCUGUGUGUGUGUGUGUGUGUGUGUGUGUGUGUGUGUGUGUGUGUGUGUGUGUGUGUGUGUGUGUGUGUGUCCAUUGAUCAAUAAAUACAGUAACGAAUCUCACACGGUGAUUUUACUGUUUCAUCUCCUCAGUGUAUCUUGUUUUACUCUAAUACUGAGAUGAUUAACCUUUUACAUCUUCCCCAGUGUGUGUACACACACACACACACACACACACACACACACACACACACGCACGCACGCACGCACACACUGUUAACAACAACUGGACACCUGGAUGAUUAUUAUAAUCUACAGGUAAUAAUCCUAAAGGCACAGCCCUCUAGUGGUGGUGAUAAAAACUGCAGAGACUCACAUGACAUUUGGGUUUUUAAAAGCUGUUAUUCAUUUUAUAAACAAUAAAUAUUAUUUUUGUUGUUAUUUGAUUCUGACCCUUUUUCUGUUAUCCUUUAUAAUAAAAACAAACCUGUACAUUUA